AUGACUCCUCUAGCGACUCUUCCAGCAAUCAACACCCUAACUCCUGCAACUGAAGCAUCGAUGGAAGACGUGGCGACCUUUGUGCAGCCCCUGGCCAUGAUCCCGGCCGAGGGGAAUAGUGGAGGACCGGUGGGCACCACCCUCCGGUCGACCGACCUGCCUGGUCGGCCGACCAGGGGGCGUGACAUCCAGCGCCCCCGCUCCACUACACGUUCCCCUUCACCUCUCAAGAUUGCAAGAUCUAGGGCACGGGCGUACAGUCCCUAUGGAAGGCCGUCCAGAGAAGCUCCGGCCUCAUCAAGGCCAAUAGUACAGCAGCUCUUCAAAGAUGGAGCCGCAAUAGGAUCACCAGUGCUACCUCAGACUGCACGGGUUGCUCCUGUGCCACAGAAGAGCGCUCCAGAGGCUGCACAGGGGGCAACCGCAACACGGACUUCAGAUGCUCAGAGGAAGAACACUGCCGCCAGUCCUUUGCCAAAGAAGUCCAGAUCUCAGUCGUCGCCUGCAAAUCCCAAGGACGAUGUGACUUCAGAGGGACCCACCAUCGCCAACCUCACCGCGAUGAUCUAG